AUGCUUCGCUUUGUAUUCGUCCUUCUCGUCGCUCUCAUGGCAAUGACCACUGCUCAAUAUGGCUAUUACAAUAACUAUGGUGGAUAUGGUUAUGGUGGAAAUCCAGGAUAUGGAGGAUACGGUACAAAUGCCAACGUUGGAUUAGGACUCAACGGAGGAGGUCUUGUUGGCGGACUUCUUGGAAAAAGAAAGUAA